AUGGCUGUUACUGGCGGCAUCGGUAUUUUUGGGACGGCAUUUUGGAUUGUUCGUGGCUUUCAUGCUUUGCGGCGGUAUUUGGUGGCAGCGAAGAAAAAGAUCAGGGAUGAGGAGAAUGAGGCCGUUGGAAAUCUUCUUCAAGAACACCGUCUUUAUCACCGUUUGCUUGCACCUGUGCUUCCCUUCCCUUCAUCCCCCUCCCCUCUACAGUCAGAUCACGGUGAUGAGGGCGACAUCACUUCUGGUGGGUUUCUGCAGCGUGCUUGGGAGUCCGUACUGAAGUCGUGUUAA